AUGGCACAACAUAAUCAAGCUUGGCAGUCCGAAGACAGGACAAGUGGAAUUGCAUAUGGUUCUCCCUCCUUGACCAACCUAAUUAAGGAGAAUCAAGAGAGAGAUCAAGUAAUCGUAGGACUUGCCUCAAAUGUCAAUGUGUUGACAAAAAUGUUCGCGGAAAGUCAAACAAAAAAGGGUCAAUGUUCAAAUAAAGGUUCCUCAAGUGAUUCCAAGUUGGAAUGCAUGCUUGAACGGGUAUUGCAAAAUCAAGAGAAGUCCGACACUUCUAUGAGGAACAUGACCGAGCUUGUUGUCUCUCAUACCGAAUCCAUUCAAAAAUUGGAUAUGCAAAUGAGAGACCUCUCUAGGGAACAAAAUCCAAAGCAAAAGGGAACACUCCCUAGUGACACAAUUGUGAACCCAAGGGGUAGUGGGAGUGGCCCAAGUUAUCAUAUCAUGGCAAUUACUACUCGGAGUGGGAAGUUACUACAAGGAGAGAGUGAACAAGUGGUUGAAGUAGAAGAGUCCGAACAAGGGGUUGAGGUUGAAGAGCCAAGUGUUGUCGAAGUUGAAAAGAUUCCGGAAGAGUUGCAAGUGCAAAAAGAGAACCGGGAAGAGGUAAAGGAAAAGCAAUUAUCGGUGAAUAUUCCAUUUGUAGAAGCAUUUCAAGAGAUGCCGCGAUUUGCUAAAUAUUUGAAAGAUUUGAUCACAAUGAAGAGAACCACCAAGAAUGAAGUGGUGAACGUGACUCACCAGGUUAGUUCCAUCAUUGCAACAUCCACCGUACAAAAGAAAGAAUAUCCGGGAGCUUUCACCAUUCCACGUACUAUUGGGGCACGUUAUUUUGCAAGAGCCCUUUGUGAUAAUGGGGCUAACAUCAACUUAAUGCCUCUUGCCAUCUAUAAGGAAGUGGGGUUAGAGAUCCCUAUCAUUUUGGGGAGACAAUUCCUUGCCACGAGAAGAGCACUAAUGGAUUCGGAACUGAAUGAUAUAAAAUUCCGUGUGAAUGAUGAAGAGUUUACAAUCCAAGCAAGCAACGGUAUGAAACUACCUCAUGAGUAUGAAAGCAUCUGGGUGAUCGAUGUUGUUGAUAAAUUAGGGGAUGCGGUUGAAAUGAAAAUGGAAGAAAAAUGCCUCGACGAGGCAUUGGCGGCUAUUUUGGUGAACUUUGAUGGUGAAGAUAUGGAAGGGUAUAUGGAAUCGGUAAAUGCAUUGGAGGGGCUUGGGACUUACAUGUAUGCUCCGGCGAAGCUCUCUCUCGACUUGGAGAAUAAAGUCAGUCCUCCCGCAAAGCCUUCUAUUAUCGAGCCACCGCAACUGGAGCUCAAACCACUUCCACCACACUUGAGGUAUAAGUUUCUUGGCUCAAAUAAUGCUUUACCCGUAAUUGUUUCUUCUUUGUUGAAUGAUGUGAAGGUAGAAUAA